GCUGCUGGGUUGUUUGUUGCCAACUGUUGAAUUUUUUGCGCGAAAGUCAGUGGAUGUUUUGAAAAAUAUUUGGGAGCUGAAAUUACAUAAUUUGCUGGAUUUCGGUGUGAUUUAGAGUCCCAAAAUGAAGAUAACCACUACUCUACAGUGCUUCCAGGCUCAUCCUUACCUCCGGCGUCUGGGAAGUCGCAGAUAUUUCUCUCAGAAGACCACUCUGCCGAAGAGUGUGCGAAUUGUUGAGGUUGGCCCAAGAGAUGGACUGCAGAAUGAACCAAAAAUCCUUCCAGCUUCGACCAAAAUUGAGCUGAUAAAUCGUUUGUCGGACACUGGCCUCAAGACCAUUGAAGCAACAAGCUUUGUGAGCCCCAAAUGGGUGCCACAGAUGGCUGACAAUGUGGAGGUUUUGAAGGGGAUUACAAAGAAAUCGGGAGUGUCUUAUCCUGUGCUUACGCCAAAUAUCAAAGGAUUUGAGGCUGCUUUGGCGGCUGGGGCCACGGAAGUGGCAGUUUUUGGGGCUGCUUCGGAGAGUUUUUCGCAGAAAAACACAAAUUGCUCAACAGCUGAAAGCAUUGAGCGUUUUCGGGUGGUUCUGGAAGCUGCCAAGAAAGCCAAUGUUAGAGUCCGGGGAUAUGUUUCUACGGUGAUUGGGUGUCCGUAUGAGGGUGCCAUCGAGCCUGAGGCUGUGGCUAGGGUGUCUAAGCAAUUGCUGGACAUGGGUUGCUAUGAAAUAAGUCUGGGGGAUACAAUUGGGGUUGGAACUCCGGGAACAAUGUCAAAAAUGCUCCAGGAAGUCCUCAAGGUCAUCCCGGCGGACAAACUCGCUGUCCACUGUCACGAUACCUACGGCCAAGCCCUGGCUAACAUCCUAACGUCCCUCGAAUACGGAAUAACCGUGGUGGAUUCGUCAGUUUCUGGCCUGGGAGGGUGCCCUUAUGCCCGUGGUGCUUCCGGAAAUGCCGCCACUGAAGACGUUGUGUACAUGCUCCAUGGCCUGGGAAUUGAAACUGGGGUAGAUCUGGAGAAAUUGGUGAAUGUAGGAAAGUUUAUCUGUGAAGAAUUGGGACGUCCUUCUGAGUCAAAGGUCAAUCGAGCAAUGAGAAAAUCCAAACCCAAACCCAUGCUUUAGGUCUAGUCCCUCCUUCCCCGUUUCCGGAAGAGUCUGUAAACACGGGAUUUACUGCAUUUAUCAAGGUAACGCAUGUGAUUCUUACCAUGUCUCGUAGUUUCUUUUUCCAAAAAAAAAAAAAAAAAAAAACAGAAAAAAGUUGGAUGAGGAUUUGCCUGUGAGAUUUUUAUUGCCCAGCAAACAGGCACAAUCUUAUCUGUAGUGAAAUAAAAUAUUGUGCAGUGUAUAAUGUUUGGAGAGGAAAAACAAACAAUUGGGGGAGUGUGAUAGCAGUUUUUGGGAAGAUGCUCCCCUUCAAAAGUGUCUCAGACUCUCUUGGAGAAAAAAAAAGUUGAGUGACCAGACAUUCCUAAACUAAGGACAGCCUUUCUAAAAAAAAAGCCUGAAAAGAAAUCCAAAGUUGUUUUAUGUAAAUACAUUUAUUGCCAAUUUUGAUAAGGGAGCCAAGUUGUUGAACUGCAAGUGCUCUGCAAAUUACUGAAAAUAUCACAGAAAAAAAAGUUUUAUUGUUAUUAACUUGAAAAAAUAUUUUCAUGUUUAAUUUUUUGGGAAAUAUAGUUCUUUUUGAAUUGGAAA